ACCCAUGCAGGCAGAAAUAGAAACGCAGGGAGUGAAAAGAGCCACAAAAAGCACAAGAAAAUAGGCAAAGAUUUCUCAGAUUCCAAUUUCUGAGCGUAACGAUGAUUGUCGCUUCCAUUCAUCCUUCAUUCCAUCACAUCAAUAUCAAUUUCUCUAACGCCGAUCGAUUAAUUCUCUCUAUCGACGCCGAUCACUUUUCACACAUACAUUUCUGUUACCGGCGGUCGUGCAAUUCCGGCGAUUUUUUUUUUCAUAUCUGGAAUUUCACUAUUUUUUCCGACCUGUUACUUCAUUUUCUUCUCUCAAUGCCUAUCUACACGAGACGAAAAUUUUGAUUUAGCUUUUCUCGGAUAUAAAUGGGAAUUCCAGUAAAUAUUACUGUAGGUUCUCAUGUGUGGAUUGAGGAUCCAUCAGUUUCCUGGAUUGAUGCACAAGUAUUAGAGGUUAAUGGCCAGGAAGUUCAGGUUCAGACAUCCGAUGGGAGGACGGUUGUAGCAACUUUAUCAAAAACUUACCCCAAGGAUGAAGAUGCUCCUGAUGGAGGAGUGGAUGACAUGACUGAACUUUCAUAUUUACAUGAGCCUGGAGUCUUGCAUAAUUUGGCAACAAGAUAUCAACUCAAUGAAAUCUAUACUUAUACUGGAAGUAUUCUUAUAGCAAUUAAUCCGUUCCAAAAACUGCCUGAUUUGUAUGAUGGCCACAUGAUGUCAAAAUACAAAGGAGUAGCACUUGGUAAACUAAGUCCUCAUGUCUUCGCUAUAGCUGAUACUGCUUACAGGGCAAUGAUCAACGAGGGUAGAAGCAAUUCUAUAUUGGUUAGUGGUGAAAGUGGUGCUGGUAAGACUGAAACAACUAAAAUGCUUAUGCAAUAUCUUGCCUAUUUGGGCGGCCAUAAAGGCAGUCAAAAGCGGACUGUGGAACAGCAAGUACUGGAGUCAAAUCCUGUACUUGAAGCAUUUGGCAAUGCCAAAACGGUUAGAAAUAACAACUCAAGCCGUUUCGGUAAAUUUGUGGAGAUUCAGUUUGACAAGAAUGGAAGAAUAUCUGGUGCAGCAAUUAGAACUUAUCUUCUUGAAAGAUCUCGAGUUUGCCAAGUUUCAGACCCUGAACGGAACUACCAUUGUUUUUACCUUCUAUGUGCAGCACCACAGGAGGAGAUCAAAAGGUACAAGUUGGGGGAUCCCAAAUCAUUUCGCUAUCUCAAUCAAUCAAACUGCUAUGAACUAGUAGGUGUUAAUGAUGCUCAUGAAUAUCUUGAGAUAAGGAGGGCAAUGGAUAUUGUUGGAAUUAGCGGGAAAGAGCAGGAGGCAAUUUUUAGUGUUGUGGCUUCUGUUCUUCAUCUUGGUAAUAUAGAAUUCGCAAAGGCAAAUGAAUGUGAUUCAUCUGUUGUGAAAGAUGAAAAAUCUAGGUUUCAUCUUCAAACUACUGCAGAGCUUCUGAUGUGCGAUGUUACUGCACUGGAGGAUGCCCUACUGAGACGUGUAAUGGUCACUCCUGAAGAAGUUAUAAAGAGAAGUCUUGAUCCUGAAGCUGCAGCAGUAAGCAGAGAUGGGCUAGCUAAAACAAUAUAUUCACGCUUAUUCGACUGGUUGGUGGACAAAAUAAAUAAUUCAAUUGGACAAGAUGCUACCUCAAAAUCUCUAAUUGGUGUUCUUGACAUUUAUGGUUUUGAAAGUUUCAAAAGUAAUAGUUUUGAGCAAUUCUGCAUUAAUUAUACUAAUGAGAAGCUGCAGCAACAUUUUAACCAGCACAUGUUCAAGAUGGAGCAGGAGGAAUACAACAAGGAAGAGAUUGAUUGGAGCUAUAUAGAAUUUGUAGACAACCAGGAUGUUCUAGAUCUUAUUGAAAAGAAACCUGGAGGCAUCAUUGCUCUUCUUGAUGAAGCCUGUAUGUUUCCCAAGUCAACUCAUGAAACGUUCUCACAAAAGCUUUAUCAGAUAUUCAAGACCAAUAAACGCUUUGUCAAACCAAAAUUGUCCCGCACUGAUUUUACCAUUGCUCAUUAUGCUGGAGAGGUUCAAUACCAGUCUGAUCAGUUUUUGGAUAAGAACAAAGACUAUGUUGUUCCUGAGCAUCAGGAUCUGUUAAGUGCUUCUAAGUGCCCAUUUGUAGUGGACCUUUUUCCUCCUGUUGCCGAGGAUUCAACUAAAUCUUCAUCCAAAUCUUCCAAGUUCUCAUCCAUUGGUUCUCGUUUCAAGUUACAACUCCAAUCAUUGAUGGAAACUUUAAAUUCUACAGAACCUCAUUACAUCAGAUGUGUGAAGCCUAACAAUCUUUUGAAACCUGCAAUAUUUGAGAACGUUAACAUUAUGCAGCAGCUACGUUGUGGUGGCGUUCUAGAGGCAAUUAGAAUUAGUUGUGCUGGCUAUCCUACGCAUAAGACAUUUUCUGAGUUUAUGAAUCGAUUUGGUCUUCUUGCUCCAGACAUCUUGGCGGAACCGGCUGAUGAACAGGUUGCGUGUGAAAAGAUAUUAAAAAAGACAGGCCUUGCUGGGUAUCAGAUUGGAAAAACAAAGGUUUUUCUGAGAGCAGGGCAGAUGGCCGAGUUAGAUGCACACAGAGCACUAAAACUAACCGGUGCAGUUAAGACAAUACAAAAGGAAAGUAGAUGUCAUAUUUCCAGGAGAAAUUAUGUCUCUUUGCAGAAGGCUGCAAUUUGCUUACAAUCCUUGUGUCGAGCAAGGUUUGCUUUCAAACUGUAUGUUACCUUGAAAAGAGAAGCUGCUUCUCUCAGAAUCCAGACAAAGUUACGCGGAUACUUGGCCAGAAAAUCCUACAAAAAACUUAAAUUAGCCGUCGUUGCACUACAGACUGGAAUUCGAGUGGCAGCUGCACGAGCUAAGUUCAGAUAUAUAAAACAAACCAGAGGAGCUUUGAUUAUACAGGCCUAUGAGCGCCGUCACAAAGUCUUUUCAUACUAUAAGAAGCUCAUAUGGGCAUCAAUUUUCACACAAUGCAGAUGGAGAAGACUUGUUGCAAGGAGGGAGCUUCACAAACUAAAGAUGGCUUCAAAAGAAACAGGAGCACUUAAAGAGGCAAAGGAUAAGCUUGAAAAACAGGUUGAAGAACUUAGAUUGCAGUUGCAGUUGGAGAAACGUCAAAGGAUAGACUUGGAAGAGGCAAAGGAUCAGGAAAUAGCAAAAUUGCAGCAUUCAUUGCGAGACAUGCAAAGCAAACUGAGUGAAACAACUACACUGCCCAUCAGGGAACAGGAGGCUGCUCCAAAAGCAGUUGAAGGUGACUCUUCGAUUGUUGAAAAGAAACCACUUCCAGUUGAGGAUGAAGAAAGCAUUGAAGCUUUGACUACAGAAGUGAAAAAUUUAAAGGUGUUAUAUCAAAAAGAAAAGCAACGUGCUGAUGACGCUGAAAAGAAAUGUGCUGAAGCUCAAGAAUCAAGUAAAGAGAAGUGCCGGAAGUUGGAAGAAACUGAAAGAAAAGUUCAACAACUUCAGGAUUCAGUUAACAGGAUGAUUUACAGCAUAUCAGACCAGUUCUCAGAGCUGAAAAUGAUAUUACAUCCCUCCUCCAGCCAGAAUUCAGCUUCAGGACUCAUUUCUAGAGGUUAUCCGGAUGAUGCUACAUCUGCUUCAGCUGAUGCUACGUCUACCAACUCUGAUUUCACAUUUCCAGUUCCUGGUUCAGCUCCAGCCCAAUUUUCUUCCCCAGAUCCUCGUGCUUUCCAGCUUAUAGUUCAAGAUCUGGCCGCAGGUGAAAUCUCAGGUUCUGGAAACUGGGAAAAUGAUCGAGAGGGGAAUUUUGAUGACUUUUUCUGAAGGAAAACACUCUUCAAUUUGUUAUAUCUCUGUACACACUACAAAGAUGCUAGCCCUAGAUGGAUAGCUUAUUGGGCUUUAGCAGCAUCUCAACCAGAUCUAAACAGAUAUCUUUGUACAGUAACAUUCAGAUAUACAAGAGCUGUUCUGCAAGCCUGUUGCUUUCCAUGAGUUAGAGCCACUGCCUUUGGAUGCAAAGCUCUUAAAUACCCUACGUUUUAUGGCUCCAAAUUUCAUUUUCCUUCUUUUUCAACUGAAAUCUUCGCUGAAGAAAGACACUUCUCCCCCUCCCCCACCAGUACCAGUGGCAGGCAUUCCAUAAAGCAGCGUUGUCUCAUUACCUUAUCUCAGGUUGACGAAAAGCUGACCGACCUAGAUUCGGAAAAGAAUCAGCAGGCUCUGUCAAUGGCUCAGAACAAUAGAUGCUGUUUGGCUGCUCCAGAUUGAUUGUUCAGAGGUGUGGAAGCAGAAAUGCUAACAGAGUAAUUCAAAGGCUUGCAGAUUACAUUGUCCUUCGAGUAUUUUGCUUACUUGUUCUAUCGGUAAACUAAGAACUGGAAUUUAUAACGUGAUCAGCAUAACACAAUACUGAAUUCAAGUGUAAAUUCAGAGGUCGAGGGAAGACUGCAAAAAUCACUUAACGAGAAAAAGGAGUACCAGGACUUGCUCAUAACCUGUAUUACACUGCACCUUGACUUCUUUGAGGAGAGAUCUGGUCGUUCUUGCACUAUCUGCAAGUGCCCUAUGCAAAAGCUAUCAACUGAAGUUGAGAGGCCCAGUAUAUUUGAAAGCACAAUACAAUGGAUCUGCAAGCUAUUGAGUUGUUAACGCCUUGAUUAGCUGAUACAUCCGCUCUGUUGGUGCUGCUGGAACAUACGUUAGAAGCUGGUGUAUGAUGGGUAAUACCCUGCAGGCAGUCACACUGACUACUCUAUUCCAUAGAAGGAAACAGAGCUAUCAGGGAACCCCUCAAGGAGUUAAAUCUUUCUCCCAUUGAUGGUGAUUCAGCUGGCGUACCGGAUACGCUGAUUCCAGGCUUCGAGAUUAUCCAGACCAGGAAUUUGGAGUGCUCACUGGCAACAUGUCAAGAGCCUUGCCAUCUAUCUGAACAUGCUGAAUCCAAUCAUUUUGGAACAUUGUUUUCAAUACAAUAUGAAGGGCAGUUUUGAAUUCUGCUACUGCACUCUUACAAAGACACCAAAUUACCUCUGAUUAGAAUGCAAUAUCAUCUAUCUGAAGGCGACCUUGCCAAUUUGCAUCAGUGUACCUUCAAUCUUCUUCUAGGAAAUGGUUUAUUGCUGACAAGUUGCAAACUGUGGGGAGACUAGAGAAAGAACACUAAGAAAAGUUUUGCUACAAUUUUUCACAGUGGCAGUAACACUCAGCAUAUUUGCAGCAGAAUCAAAUCAAAAAGUUCAAUAAGCAACCACUCAACUACAUCUGUAUCCAAAACUAGUUGAAAUUAAUUUUAUUAAAUCCUCUGUAUAUGUUUAGAGGAUUCACCAUAAUUUAAUUAUUUUUACGCUGGCUAUCAACCUACUUCACCCGUCAUCCUCUCUCUUUAUCUCUAGCUUAUGAAAAUCAAUCAGCGUAACAUUGCAUAUGGUAAAUUUUGUCGAAGAAUCAAACCUUGAACAAUACCUUAGAACGAUUUAAGUUACUUUAUUGUCAGUAUAAAAAAUGUUGCACUGUAAGUGUAAUUUAACCUGUUAUAAUAAUAUGUUAUUUGCAAUUACCCAACACUUUCUGUUUAAAUAACCUGAUUAUGUGAAUUGGCUGCACUGCUACUAAUUCAUAAAACUCAAAUGCCAUUCGAAAACCAGAAGAACUGCAGCUUUGUUCAUUUUGUCUUUUCAUUCUUUUCAACUACUUCAAAUUCUUUUUGUCAAGGGAAAGCACAUCAUACGAUAAAAUGUUAAUCCACAAACUUCAGACACAAUAAUAACAUAAGACCAAGUCAAAGUGUUUAGAUUUAGAUGAAUAAGAACAAAGAGCUUCGACAGAAUUUAAUUUAUAGGAUAAUAUAUUCUUGCUUCUUAAAGUGUCUUAUACAGAAUAAAUUUUUCGAAUCCCCAACUAAAAAGUUUUAGUACAAGUUAACUAUGAAGUACGCAGCCUUGAUUUGAAACUCUACAUGAUUAUAAUUUUCAUAAUCAUUUGCUAAGAAUAGACAGCAUGUUUUGUUUAGGCUAAAUAUGUCAUAUGUGAGCACUUGCUAAUUAUGAAUA